CUGUUUCGUCGCUCUUGCUUCCGCCUUCCCAGUCGCUUCUCUUCUCUCGCUCCAUCUGCAGCCCAACUCCCGCCGAGGAUGGGGAGCAUGCAGUCAUCGUCUGCGUCUCUGGGCAGCCAGCAGAGUGCCCCCUCUCAGCCUGCGCAUGCGUCGGAGCCUCUGCCCUGCUCACUUGAAAUGGACGAUUACCUCCAAUGCGUUCGAUCUCAUUCGGAGGGCCUCAGUGGAGCAGUGGACGAGUGCGACGCGUUCCGGCAGACUUACAAGCUCUGCAUGGCGGAGUACAAGAAGGCGAAGAACAGGAAGUCUUGAGAAGGCGCUCGCAACGGGGGCUUGCCUGUUCUUGACGGCUACACGCGCAUUGACUCCGCGUCUCGUGAACGGGAUACGUUCUUUCUUCUCUCUUACAUCGACGCCUGUGUCGUUCUCCCUGGUUUUAUCGGCGUGUGUCUUGUUCUUCUUUCCGAUCCUUUGUUUCGAGCCGUCUCAGGCCGGCAGUUCGUACACACUUUCGAGGAUCUCCCUCGUUUGUCGCUGACUUGUCUGUCGCUUCUUCACCUCUUGUUUCACCCGUCCGUGGAGGUUCUCCGCAUCUUGCUCCUCCGCCGGUUUCUCGAUACUCUCCUCGAGUUUCUGCCCUCUUCUUCACCGUCCUGCUUGCCCCA